CAUGCUGCAAUGCUCCUCUUGCCCACGGUCGUCGCAGCUGGAUCUUUCAUCCCACAAGUGGUACUUCACAUGGAAUUAAUUCUCUUCACUUCAAAGGGUCCUAAAAAUUCAAACCUACACCAGUGUCUCAUCUGCCGUAAGUAUCAUCCGUUGAAAUACUGCAAAAUGUUCUUGGCAAUGAGCGUUAAGGAUCGGCGUCGAGCUGUGCGAGCUCAUGGGUAUUGUAUGAAUUGCAUGGCAAGAUCACAUGAUUCGGCAGGCUGUACAUCACCGGACUUGUGUCAGCGCUGCGGCCAUGCACAUAAUACACUAUUGCAUCUUCCUAUUACAGAUCGUAUACAAGCUAGACCUUCCAAAAAAUGUGAAACUCCAAGAAAUGUACGCUCUAAUGUCACAAGGCAAAAUAAAUCGGUGAGAAACCAAAAUGGAAUUAACAGACGGAAUUUAGCCGAGUGUAAACGACAACGAUCUCAACAAAAGACAACCUCUUCACUUCCUCCCACUACAAAUUUACGGCGAUGUGUGCAGAAUGCGAUGAUGGCAUUGGAUCGUCUGCAAAGGACUCUUUAAGGACAUUAGACCUUCUCUCUUUGGCCAAUACUGGCCAAGGGGGGCAGGAUGUUUACUGUACU